GUCGAGAACAAAAAAUUUCAAAAUAAAUUCAUCCAAUGUGAAAAGAAAGGCUGAGAAAGAAAGUGAAAGAGUUUAGAAACCUAUCAUUAUUCAACGAGAUACAAGCGAGAGAUAAAUGAAUUAAAAAAAAAAAAAAAAAAAAAAAAUAAUAGAAAAAAAAGAAACUGUGAACAAGAGAACAAGAGAUUCUUCCGAGCACUAUGUGAUAGCAGUGCCCAGCUACAACAGCAUUAACAAUUGAAAUCGGCGAAUAAUUUUUGUAAAUUAAUGCAAUAACAAAAAAACUCUUAAAAUCAAAUUUAUGGUCUAAUACAGGCGAAGGAGACGGCAUUGAAGAUUUUAUUAAAAUCAAGCAUAACAUAACAAAAGCAAAAAAUUAAAAACAAAAAAAAAAAAAGGAAAAGAAAAAGAAAAAAAACUUAUUUGUUGUUACGUGUUACGAGAAGAGAGUAACACUCAGUAUGUUUCCCAUAAACCUGCAACAACAAUUUCAUCAUUUACAUCUACAACAUCAGCAGCAGCGUAAAGAGAAAACUGUAACGUUAACGUUACCAUCGUUUAAGCAAAAAGAGCGUAAGGAGAAAAAUCAACAGAGUCAGCAUAAUUAUCGUACGUCAAAAACGAUUAAUCGUGACAGCCAUGACAGCAGUACUGGGGACGUUGGCAACAAAAUGCUCUCGCAUCUGCCACAUGAGCAUAUAAAUCUCAGCCAAAGCAGUCUAUUGCUCGAUCAUAAUGUACUCGCCGAUUGUCUUGGGACGGCAACCGAAGAAACGCCAGAAGAGGAAGACACAGACAAUCAAGCACAUCGACACUAUAACGGCGACGAAGAGGAACCUAUCAUUAUAGCUGGCAUUGAUGAGGCGACAGUGCCCUUAACAAAUUCUUCGACAUCGGGCUCGACAGUCACCCUUACAGCUAAUAUUCAAUCAUCGUCUGCCCUAAGACAAACAACACCGCAUCGUUCGGCAGCGCGUGCCUCACAAUCUCGCCGUUAUUCACCGCAACUAUAUACGAAUUCAUUUUCAACGCCUCCACCACCACCAGUACCGUUAACUCUGCCUACAGAGCAGACUUCGUCGUCAUCGUUUUUAACUCACGAUUAUAAGCUUUGUGAUUCGUGUCGUCCGUUACGAUUUCAAACACAAUAUCCGUCCAGUAAUUUAACGCAAAAAAAUUACGACACUUUACGUUAUUUAAAUACGAAACGACCAGCAUCGUGUUCGCCACGUCGUGCCGCUAGCAGUAAUAUGUCACAGUCCGGUGAAGAUCUGCAUUCGCCCAGCUAUUUAUCGUGGCGCAAAUUGCAGCUGAGCCGAGCCAAACUGAAAGCGUCUAGCAAAACAUCAGCAUUAUUAUCCGGUUUCGCUAUGGUAGCGAUGGUUGAAGUUCAACUAAAUAAUGAUACUCAGGUGCCGGGCGGUAUGUUAGUGGCAUUCGCCAUUUGCACUACACUUUUGGUGGCCGUUCAUAUGUUGGCUUUAAUGAUUAGCACGUGCAUACUGCCCAAUAUUGAAACCGUUUGCAAUCUCCACAGUAUUUCUUUGGUGCAUGAAUCACCGCAUGAACGCUUGCAUUGGUAUAUUGAGACGGCGUGGGCUUUCUCUACAUUACUGGGGCUAAUUUUAUUCUUACUCGAAAUUGCCAUUUUGUGUUGGGUAAAAUUUUAUGAUCUUAGCCAGCCGGCUGCCUGGUCGGCGUGUAUCGUCCUUAUACCGGUUUUAGUAGUAUUUUUGGCGUUCGCCAUACAUUUCUAUCGUUCAUUGGUGACACAUAAAUACGAAGUAACCGUAUCCGGUAUACGGGAAUUGGAAAUACUUAAAGAACAAAUGGAACAAGAUCAUCAUAUCGAUCAUCAUCAUCAGCACCAUCGCAAUAACGGACUUAACUACGGAGCAAGCGGUGAAAUUGUAUGAAAAAUGAUUAUUACGAUGAUAAAGAGACUUUAGCUGUUAAGUCAUGAGUUUUUAUACUUACGUACAUACAUGCAUAUACAUGAUAUUUAAGAUCUUUUUUUUUUUUUUUGUUUUGUUUCCUUUUCCAUUUUUCUUUCUAUUCAUAGAAAGUCAUAGAUAAUAAUAGUUUUUUUUUUUUUGUGUUAUGAUCUGAAAAAGACAUCGAUCAAGUUAAAAAGAAAAAAAAAAAAAAAAAAAGUAGAAAAUAAAUUUAAGAUGAAACUUAAGCAACAACAGGAAACAGUAACUACUGCACUUUUUAUUGUGAUAAAAAAAAAAGGAUUUUAUUUCGUUUUUUAAAUUUGUUUUCUUAUUUUUUUUUUUUACACAUAUUUUAUAUGUCUUUGAAUUUGUACGCUUGAAAAACAAGCAAGCAAAUAUAAAACCAAAUUCUGUUAAAAAGAAUAUAAAUUUAUCAUUUUUUUGAAAAAUACUAUUAUUUUUUUAUUAAUGUUCCGGCAACACUGCAGAUUUGAGGAAUUUGUUAAUUAAAAUCAAAAGCAAUAUUUUCGGAAAUUACAUAAGAAAUAUCCAUAGGUAAUGACUGCUAAAUAAAAAAAAAAAUUAUAUAUAUUUUGAUAUUAUUAACGUGUUAUUUAAGAUCAUUUAAGAUUCCUUGGCCAACUUUUAUUUAAUCAAAAUAAAAUAUUUUUAUAAAAAAAAACAAAAAAUUAGUAAAAGUAAAAAUUCUCUUAAACGUUUCCUCUCUGAAAUACAAUUGUUCGGUUCUUCUCAGCACAUCUUGCUUUACUCUCUCAUGAGAAAAUCACAAAACUUAUUUGUGGGAAAAAAUGUUCGAUUUUUUCUGUUUUCCUCAAGAAUACUGUGCUUUUUGAUCUUUUUCAAAGAAUUUCUAGGAUAUGAUAACCAUCUUAUGAAAAAGUUGUUCAAAAAUAUCAAAGCGAACUUCGAAAAUGCUCUUCUGUCGCCUGUAACCUUACCGCAGCUCUUCUUAGAAGCUUGAAGUUGAAAAUUUUGUUAUUUUGUUUUGCAGAAUGAAAAAUUACUCGGCACAAGGUGAAGAUGGAGUUUUCCAUGGCUUGCAAGGUAACGACGUGAAUUCCCAAUUCGGGAUCACCAAAAAUAUUUAGUCUAGAAGACUGUUCGGCAUUCCCCGUAGAGAUUGUCCAAGUCCUUCGGAAAUAUUUUCCUGAAAACCCUAAGAAAUGUCAAGAAAGACAUAUCAUAUGAGCCUUCUAACGCCAUUUUAGUGUUGUUUUCACAAUAACCCGACCUCGGGUCUCACUUAGAACUGUUUAAAUGUAUCUUAGUGGCUUUUUUGCUAUUGUUACCUUGUAGGAUUCGCCACAAAUACGACAGGCGUGCUUUUUAAAAAAUUAAGAUCGUAUACUGGGCUGCCUAAGAAUUUCUGCAUCUCAAAGAACAUCAUAAAGAUGAAUCCAUUCGUCAAGCAGCGAUCUCUUAUAAAUAUUAGUGGUCAACGCAGCAGGUCCAAUCGAUGAUUUAAAUACCAUAACGUCGUAAAGUUUGUGCAAAAGAAAAAUAAAUUCAUUGGUAAAAAUGUUCACCGGAAAAUGGCAGCUAAAAUGGUGCAAAAUUAAUAUAGUGAAUGUACGGACAUUAAAAAAAAAACCAAACCAAAUGUUUCAAGUUACUUGAACUAAAACCCUUUUUAUACCCUACACCACCAGCGGUAUAUAUUAACAUUUUGCGGAGGUAUGCAGCAACCGCACGGACUUGAGGUAGGUUAUUAUAUGGAUCGGUUUAGAGUCACUUUCUGAAUCGGUCUAAGCUUUUCUGCCCUUCUGCCAGUCAUGUUUCAUUGCGAUCAAUCCACAGACCAUAAUUUUUGGGAUAUUUUCACGACAUUUGAUACACGACGUGCUUUGGGCCCAAGGAUGAAUACUAUUGAAAAUGGUUUUAGUCACUUCCCAUAUAACAUAUUAUUUUGAGAAGUCGUGAAAUGUAUAAUCAUAAGGUGGUGUAGAAUGUUAAUGGUUGGCCAUGGUGCACAAUACUGUUUUUACUUUUCCUUUUCUAAGAGAAUAGAAAAAAAUUCCGUAAGUGUUUUCCUAGUUCCUUGUCAUACUAGCUGAACUAUUCCUCAAUUAUGACUCAAAUAGAGUAAGUGGCAAAUCGGGCAGUGUUAUGUCUUUAAAAGAAAAAGUUUAGCAAAACAUAACACACGUAUAACAUAUUCCAAUAGAUCCUCCAAGCUGCGGCUGAAACCUAUCCAUCUUUUUCCAUUCCUUUCUCACUAUUCUUUACCUUAUUUAUGCACCUAUGCAAGAGGAUAUCUCCUGAGCGACUGGUCAUAA